GAAAACAAUAAUGGUCACAAAGCAGAGCUCAGUAUAACUCAUAAUGGUCACAGAAGAAAUCCAAAGAACUUCAACUGACAUACACCAACAACCAUUUCAACCUGCUGUACCUCUCGAUUUAUCUUGUCAUUCACCGACUUCGAAUGAAUCGAACGAGCCCAACAAACAACUAUCAAUCUCAACAAUGAUAACACCGUUAACCAAUGACUAUGACAAAUCUCUGACUGUUAUCCGCGAACAACAUUCCUCACAACUAAUCGAUAAAUUGGAUGCUUGUAAAAAUAUCAUCAAUCAAUUUCAUUUCCCGCCACAAUUAACUACUACUACUACUAUCAAUGAACACAUGAAUAAUACAUUGAUUAAAACAAAUAUUGAAAAAUUUCAAAUGUACUAUUACUACACGACUAUAUUGAAAAGAAAUCUAUCAAAAUCAGAUUGGCAUCAUUCACCACCGCUGAUUACAACUGUACCAAGACCGGAACAAUUAUUAGCUUUAAGUAUGUUACAUAAUUAUUACAAGACAGUGAAAUUCCCUUCAAUCAAUAAUAAUAAUAAUCAGAAUCAUGAUAAUAACAGCAGUACAAUGUUACCGAAAGAAUUAAAUCAACUUGGUAAAAAAAAUGAUUAUUCAUUGUUCAAUCUAUUUACAACAACGUUACCAUGUUUAAAUGCCGAUCAAUGGACAUAUUUAAACAAUACCAGCAAUAAUAAUAAUAAUAAUAGUAAUGAUCAAUAUUCAAAUGUCACGUGUGGUGUUGAUUUUAUAUCAAAUUAUUUAAAUAUGUUGGAAAAAUCAAAAACUCACAUUGAAGGAACCUUGAAUUCAAAGUUCAAUGAUGAAUGGUUAUUAUCAUUACGACCGGAUAGCACAUUUUCAAAUUAUCCAAUCAAAACCAAAUUUACACAAACAUCAGUCUGUAAUGAGAAUAACAAUACUACUAAUUAUCAUUAUCAUCAUCGUAAUAGUAGUAGUAGUAUAAGAAAUGCUCAUAAAAAACAUAAAACACUAUCGAAUGUCUUUUCAACAGAUAAUAAUAAUCAUAUUGAAAUAGUACAAAAUUUACCAAAUCAUUUCUCAACAAAACAUGAACGUUAUACAUGUCAUUUUUGUGGUAAACUAUUUCCAAGAUCAGCUAAUCUAACACGACAUAUACGUACACACACAGGGGAACAACCAUAUAAAUGUGUACAUUGUCCACGAUCAUUUAGUAUUAGUUCAAAUUUACAACGUCAUAUACGUAAUAUACAUCAAAAAGAACGACCAUUUCAUUGUAGUGUUUGUUUAAAACGUUUUGGACAACGUGCUAAUUUAGAAAGGCAUAUACGUAAUCAUUUAAUUAGUAAAUAUCAACAUCCUCAUCGUGAUCAACAGUCGGAUUGUUUGCCUAGUCAACAGAAUAAUCCUGCAUUGUCUUUGCAACAAUGUAGACAAUCUUCUCCGGAACUACUAGUACCACUAGCGCUGCAAUUACACGACAAUAUGGCGAAGGCAACAAAUCUAUGAGUUUAUUCUGUAAUAAUAUAGUC